AUGAAAAAUAAUGACAAUCUAUAAAGUUAUACAGUUGAAAAGAGAAUAGGAGAAGGCGCAUUUGCUACAGUGUAUUUAUUGCAAUAUAACAUUUAAAAGUUACUUAGCUGCAGUUCAAGAAACAGGAGAUAAAGUUGCAAUUAAAAAAGCUCCUAUAGAUAAAAAAUAUAAAAACAGAGAACUUGCUAAUUUAAAAUUAUUAGGAGAUCAUCCAAAUAUUAUUGCUUUAAAAGAUGCUUUUUAUGUUGUUGGCUAAAAGUAUAUCAUUUAUUUUAUAAUCUAAAUAGUGAAGAAGUUUAUAUAAAUUAUGUAAUGGAAUAUAUGCCAGAAAAUUUAUCAGAUUAUUUAAGGAAUUAAAAAAAACAAAAACAAUAUUUAAAUAAAAUUCAACUAUAGAUUAUAACUUAUUAACUGUUACGUGGUUUGGCCUUUAUACAUGGAAAAGGGAUGGCACAUCGAGAUAUAAAACCUUAAAACAUAUUAAUUGAAGGAACAAUUGUUAAAUAUUGUGAUUUUGGAUCUGCAAAAAUCAUUUCAGGAGGAUAAAUUAAUACUUCCUAUUUAUGUUCAAGACAUUAUAGAGCACCUGAAUUGAUAUUUGGAGCUACUGAUUAUUCUACUAGUAUAGAUAUUUGGUCUUUGGGUUGUGUUUUUGCUGAACUCAUUUUAUUGGAACCACUAUUUCCUGGUGAAAGUUCAGUUGAUCAAUUAGUUGAAAUUAUGAAAGUCUUAGGAACUCCAACAGCUAAUGAUAUAGUAGAAUUCAAUGUAUCUAAUACAGAUUUUAAAUUUCCUUAAGUAAAAGGACAUCCUUGGUCUAAAGUUUUUUUAAAAUAUAAACCAGAUCCUUCAUUUAUUGAUUUAAUUAAAAAAAUGGUUACGUAAUUGAUUUAUAUUAUUAUAUAAAGUUACUAACCUUAAUAAAGAAUCAAACCAUUUAUGGCUUUAAUGCAUCCAUUCUUUAAUGAUUUAAGAGAAUAAAAAUGUGAGGAAAUUCCAAAAAUAUUAUGGUAAUUCACUCCAGAAGAAGAGAAUAUCUUUGGAAAAUAACCAUUAAAACAUUUAAUGCCAUCAUGUGGAUAAUGAUUAUUAAUUUUAUAAUACUAUUGGAAAUCUC